CCCUCUUAUGUUUGCAACAACACACCCAUAGGUUAUGUCAUUAGCUGCUUUUUAUCUCCUUAGUAUCCUGGAACUUAACAUUUGUCUGAAAGUCCAGGAGAGAGACCAGAUCUCAGAGCAGUCUAGCAGGCUGAACAAAACACUGCAGAACUGCUGUCUAAUUAACAGCAACCAUGGGUAAGAAUGCUGAUGAGCAUUGUAUCAAGGAGAGGCUGGAGCAGUUGAGAUGCCACUUUACCUGGGCAUUGUUAAUUGCAGACACUGAAAUGCCUGAUUUAGAAAACAGGAUCUUAGACGAGAUUGAGUUCCUAGACACCAAAUACAAUGCAGGAAUUCACAACCUACUGGCCUACGUGAAACACCUGAAAGGCCAGAAUGAGGAAGCCCUGGAGAGCUUGAAAAAGGCUGAAGAAUUAAUCCAGCAGGAACAGGCUGAUCGAUCUCAUUUGAGAAGUCUGGUUACCUGGGGCAACUAUGCCUGGGUGUAUUACCACAUGGGAAGACUCGCAGAAGCCCAGACUUACCUGGACAGGGUGGAGAACACUUGUAAGAAAUGUGGAAAUGGCUCUCGCUAUAGGAUAGAGUGUCCUGAGAUGGACUGUGAGGAAGGAUGGGCCUUGCUGAAGUGUGGAGGACAGAAUUAUGGACGGGCCAAGGCGUGCUUUGAAAAGGCUCUGGAAGUGGACCCUGAAAACCCUGAAUUCAGCACUGGGUAUGCGAUUACCAUCUAUCGCCUGGAUGACGUUACCAUAGAAACACAGAGAAAAGGGUAUUCUCUGCAGCCCCUAAGGCAGGCCAUCAGGCUAAAUCCAGAAGAUGUAUAUAUUAAGGUUCUCCUUGCCCUGAAGCUUCAGGAUGUAGGGAAAGAAGAUGAAGGAGAAAAGUACAUUGAAGAAGCACUGGCCGGCACGUCUUCCCAGACCUAUGUUUUUCGACAUGUGGGCAGGUUUUACCGGAGAAAAGGCUCUCUGGAUAAAGCUCUCCAGUUCUUAGAAAAGGCCUUGCAGGCAACACCUACCUCUGUCUUCCUGCAUCACCAGAUAGGGCUUUGCUACAGGGCACAAGUGAUCCAAAUAAAGGGAGGUACAAACAAGCAGCUUAGAGGGCAGGAGAGAAAAAAAGCCAACAGAAUGAUAAAAUCAGCCAUAUUUUAUUUGGAAUCUGCUGUGGAACAAAAGCCCACAUUUGCUAUUGCUUAUAUACACCUGGCAAGUAUGUAUAUAGAAGCAGGGGACUACGGAAAAGCAGAAGAUGUUUAUCAAAAAGCGUUAUCCAUCAAACCACUGGAAGAAGAUCAUGAGCAAGAGAUACAUCUUCACUAUGGCCGAUUUCAGGAAUUUCAAAGGAAAUCUGAAGUCGAUGCAAUUACCCAUUAUUUAAAAGCAAUAAAGAUAGAAAAGGAGUCAUUUUCAAGAAACAGAAGUAUCGAUUCUUUGGAGAAAUUGGCUUCAAAGAAACUUCAAAGAAAAGCAUCAGAUGUGGAAGGUUUGAGCCUCCUAGGGUUCAUCCACAAAUUGAAAGGAAAAAUUAAUGAAGCCCUGGAGUACUAUGAGAGGGCCCUGAGACUGACUGGUGACUUGAACCCUAUGUUUUGAAAUAGAGGUCACCAUUACUUGUUUAAUGCGUUUGUAACUAAAUAUAACAAAUCUCCUUUCCUGUUGCUGCCUUCAAAGAAUG